AUGGUAAAAGGAUAUUAAUAUCUUUAUUCAUAAAAAAUUGUACAUAGAGAUCUUAAACCAGAAAAUUUAAUGCUUCAUAAUGGAAAAGUUAAGAUAGGAGAUUUUGGAUUCGGAAGAUUUGUUGAAGGGGAAAUGGAUAUAUAAUAGAGAAUGUCAAUAAAAUGUACUCCAAUUUAUGCUUCACCUUAACUUUUAAAUAAAACUAAUUAUUCCUCUAAAUGCGAUAUAUGGAGUGCCGGGUGUAUUUUUUAUAAAAUGCUAUAUGGAUAAUAUCCUUUUGUUGCAAAAGAUUUAAAUUCUUUAAUUAAUUCUAUUAAAAAAAAAGUAGUAAAUGAGGAAUUUUAGUUUCCAGAAAUACCUUUUGUAAGUGAUGAUGUAAAAUAAUUAAUUCGAAAAAUGCUUAAAUAUGAGGAAGCUGAUAGAAUAUCAUGGGAUGAGAUAUUUAAACACCCUUUGAUGUAAAAAUAAUAUAAUAUUUUAGAAAAUAACGAAGAAAAAUUAGAAGAUAGUGAUAGGAAUAAUGCAGUUUUUUAAAGUAUAAUUUAAAACAGAGACUAAGUAAAGGAUAAUGUAGUUACUGAUUAUGCAAAUAAUUUCAAAAGAUUUGCUAAUUAAGCUAUUUAAUAAGAUUUUGAAAAAAAAUACAAUAUAGUAUAAUAAUAGGAUGUUAAAUAAAUAUAAGUUCCUAAAUAAGAAGAAGAAAAAAAGAAUUAGAAAAUAAUAAUUUAUAAACAAUUAAUACUUAAUUUAAUAUUCCAUUAAAAAAAAUACUUUAAUAAUAAUAAGAAAAAAAUAAUAAUAAUACAGGAAAUUAUUUAAAUUUAGACUUGA